AUGCUGGUGCACAACGAGGACUCACGCUUCGUCUACCAGCGCGCAACGCCGGCGCAAAUCACCAAGCACUUUGAGAACAAUAGCCAGAUGUGGGCGGCGCCGCUGUCGACAAGCGACUACAAAGACCUGCACAUGCACCUGUCCGAGACCGAGGCUAGCAUUGGCCAGACGGCAUACUGGGUGCUCUUUGACCGAGAGGCGCCCGAGACUAUCAUCUCGAGCUGCACCACGUAUCUGCGCGACGCCAUGGUCAACGCGGGCCAGGGCAUGAGGCCCGUCAGGGCCGCCGUCGUCACCGACAUCUUCACACUGCCCGACUACCGCCGCAAGGGCAUGGCGACGAUGCUGUUGAGCAAGGUACAGCAGACGCUGGACGAGGUCGUCAAGAGGAUCGAGUUCAGCGUGCUCUACAGCGACCUGCGGCCCGAGUUCUACGGCGGCCUGGGCUGGACGCCUCAGCCGGCACGACACCUCCGCAUCGUCAUCGGCAAGGCCCUCGUCGAGAUGCCGCUCGAGACGGACGAGCUCAAGUACACGCGCGUGCCGCGGCUGGUGGAGCUGGGCAAGAAGGACGUCAACAUGGCCAAGCUCCGGCUCUCGGGGCUCCGCGACGACGGCAACAGCAAGACGCACGCCCAGCUGAUGCCGACGCAGAGGCUCAUGAGGUGGCACAUAGUGCGCUCCGGCAUCCUCAAGAAGAAGCACCUUGCCAAUCGCCAGACCGGCGAGGAGCGCCCUAGCCUGCACGGGGCGACGUCCAAGAACCGCGAGACUGGCACCGAGGCGUGGGUGUGGUGGACGCACGACCUGCGGUCGCGCAGGCUCUACAUCGGGCGGCUCGUUUCGACGCGGGUGCGCGGCAUGGAGAGGGAGAUCAAGAAGGUGCUCGGGAUGGCGGCGGCCGAGGCGAGCCAGCUGGGGUUUCGCGAGGUUGUGGUGUGGGAGCCGGCCGAGCAGACGGUCGCGGCGGCGGCGCUGCUGGUCGAGGAGCUGGGACAGGGCGCGCGGACGGUCGAGGAGGAGAGGCCGGACAUGGUGCCGUGUCUUCGGUGGCACGGGGGGGAGCAGCGCGAGGGCGGCCUGGUGGAUGCGCAGUUUUACGGCUGGUCGUGA